CGUCGCGGUCGCGUCUCCCUGGCGUCAGCGCGGCGAGCUGUCGGCCUCUAGCCCUGCGUCCUUGUAAAGGAGAUGACCAACCAGUACAGUAUUCUCUUCAAACAGGAGCAAGCCCACGAUGAUGCCAUUUGGUCGGUUGCCUGGGGGACAAACAAGAAGGAAAAUACGGAGACGGUGGUGACAGGUUCCCUGGACGACCUGGUCAAGGUCUGGAAAUGGAAUGACGAACGACUGGAUCUGCAGUGGAGCCUGGAGGGACAUCAGCUGGGCGUGGUGUCCGUGGACAUCAGCCAUACGCUGCCCAUCGCUGCGUCCAGUUCCCUCGAUGCUCAUAUCCGGCUCUGGGACCUAGAAAAUGGCAAACAGAUCAAGUCUAUAGACGCGGGACCUGUGGAUGCCUGGACUUUGGCCUUCUCUCCUGAUUCCCAGUAUCUGGCUACUGGAACGCACGUGGGGAAAGUGAACAUUUUUGGUGUGGAAAGUGGGAAAAAAGAAUAUUCUCUGGACACAAGAGGAAAGUUCAUUCUCAGUAUUGCAUAUAGUCCCGAUGGGAAGUACCUGGCCAGCGGGGCCAUAGACGGCAUCAUCAAUAUUUUUGAUAUCGCAACCGGGAAACUGCUGCACACGCUGGAAGGCCAUGCCAUGCCCAUCCGCUCCUUAACCUUUUCUCCCGACUCGCAACUGCUCGUCACUGCCUCAGAUGAUGGCUACAUCAAGAUCUAUGAUGUACAGCAUGCCAGCCUGGCCGGCACACUGAGCGGCCACGCCUCGUGGGUGCUGAACGUCGCCUUCUGUCCUGACGACACUCACUUUGUUUCCAGCUCAUCCGACAAGAGCGUGAAGGUGUGGGACGUGGGGACGAGGACUUGUGUCCACACCUUCUUUGAUCACCAGGACCAGGUCUGGGGAGUCAAGUACAACGGAAAUGGCUCCAAGGUUGUGUCUGUUGGCGACGACCAGGAAAUCCAUGUGUACGACUGCCCAGUGUGAAUCAUGGUCCCCAUGCCCAGGCUCUACCCAGGAGGCACGGCUGCAUCGUGACAUUCCUUUCCUCUUCAGGCUUACAGACAUGCAACGUUUAUAGUGGAUACAGAAAUUUUGUAGAUAACCGUAUAAAUCUCUCCAUUGUGUUGGGAAUGCUUGCUUGCUCACACUUGAGCAUAAAUAAAGCAUUCUUGAUG